AUGUGGGUGGUGGAUACAAAAGAGGCUCCGAUGUACGCUGUGACGAACAGCACAAACAAUCUGCUUCUCAUACGAGCUGUAACUGGGAAGGAAAGUCUCGACACACGAGCGAUAAUAAUUAAUAACAAUAUUAAAACGUACCAGUGCCAUGACAAGUUUAUUUGCAUAAGUUGUUUUCUUCCUUACACAGACUUCAGUCCGGACGACUGGGGCCCGGAGUUUCCUUUGAGUACGUCGUCUAGAUACACUGUACCCAUGCCGACAUUGUACAGCACUGAAGGAUACAAAUACAAGAAACCUAGUAUAAUUGAACUAGUUCUAUACAAUAUGGCAGCCCUGCUAGGAGGUGUAGCCGCUGGGUAUGAUGUUAGAGUGUCGAACGUUAGCCCAUUACAUCCCACGCUACAACCGCAUAAGCCAGAAUUAGAGACGGAAGUUAUAGGCACCUCAAUCUACGAAGGCUUCGGCUUCGCUCACAAUACAUACCACGGACCAACGAGACAUUUACGGGCGCCGCUUAACGCUAUCACCGGUUCACCGAUAUCAAGCCUUCAAGUUGAGGAGCAGAAGCCGAUUCGGUUUACCGACUCGCCCACCCACUACGGCCACCCGUCCUCAUCGUCCGGGUACGCGCACUCCGCGCAGCCGCUGUCCGGUACGUCGGGACUCGGCACCAACUACACGUCCACACAACACACGCCCUCACCACGCCGGACGUCCUCAACAACGUCCGACCACCUCGCCGACCUCUACCACAACUAUAGAGAGAACUUCCAGCCAACCUCCGCCUCACAAGAACGCAUACAGGACUACUACUACCGCGCCGAGCCGUACGCAUACGACCGGACAGCGGACUAUGUCGUGAAGCAUCCUUAUUACGGGUACGACGAGUGCUCCUUCGAGUACCGAGACUCGCCGGAGUUCAGGCCGACCUACCUCGCUCACAGGCGGACGCCGUCCAACUCGUCGGCUACCAACUCGCACGCCGACGAGUUCUCCCCGUCCAGGCAGUACCGGGAGAAGUACAACAAGGACAGGAGGGACGACUAUCGGACACAGAAGGAGUACCCGAGGAAGACGAGUGACUACUCACUGCCGAGGGACUACUACCGGACGGAGUCAGAACCGGAGCGGCCCGCCGUGCUGGGUCUAGAGCCUACCAAGCUACGAUCUAGUCUUAAGAAGUACAAAAAAGGCUCGAGUAGUUCGGGCGGAGGCUCGCCCAACCCCACGCCACCGGACAGUCUCAGCGAGACGGACAGCUCGUACGCCUCAGCGCGUGAGUCGGCCGGCUCCGCGCGUGUUAGGUUCAGUCCGGACGCGCGGCGGUCGUAG